CGAAGAGGUGAAAGGUCACUCACUGAAGAGACGGCAUGGCUGGGGGUUCUGAGGGAGGGAGACAGUCUCAGGGGCGACCCGAUGGCGAGGAAACGAGUGAGGUUGUUCGUGGUGAGAAGGCUCAUGGAAACCCCGCUGAACCCAGCCAGGCCGUGUUCCCGCCGUCUUUUAGUGUUUCCGAAAUUAAGAACAAGCAGCGGCGCCACUUCAUGUUCCUGCGCUGGAAGCAGCAACAGAAGAAGGAAAAAUUAGCUCUUAAGAAAAAGAGGAAGAAGGAGCGGGAAGCUCUUGGAGAUAAGGCACCACCAAAACCAGAACCAAAGACCAUUGAAAACCAGCGUGUGUAUGAUGAAACCACAGUUGAUCCAAAUGAUGAAGAGGUUACUUUGGAUGAAGCUACAGAUGAAUUUGCUCCUUACUUCAAUAGGCAAACUGUUCCCAAAAUUCUUAUCACAACAUCUGACAGACCUCGUGGGAGAACUGUGAGAUUCUGUGAACAGUUAUCAACAUGCAUUCCAAAUUCACAUGUUUACUAUCGAAGAGGACUGGCUUUAAAAAAAAUUAUUCCACAAUGUAUCUCAAGGGAUUUCACAGAUCUGAUUGUUAUCAAUGAAGAUCGUAAAAUACCAAAUGGGCUUGUAUUAAGUCAUUUGCCUGAAGGCCCAACUGCUCAUUUUAGGAUGAGCAGUGUUCGUCUACGUAAAGAAAUAAAGCGAAAAGGGAAAAAUCCCACAGAACAUCAGCCUGAAAUAAUCCUGAAUAACUUUACGACACGAUUGGGGCAUUCCAUUGGUCGCAUGUUGGCUUCUCUCUUUCCUCAUGAUCCUCAGUUUGUUGGCAGACAAGUAGCUACAUUUCACAAUCAGCGUGAUUAUAUCUUUUUCAGAUUUCAUAGAUACAUCUUCAAAAAUGAGAAAAAAGUCGCCAUUCAAGAACUAGGCCCACGUUUUACCCUAAAAUUAAGGUCUCUUCAAAAGGGAACUUUUGACUCCAAGUUUGGAGAAUACGAAUGGAUUCACAAGGUAUUAUCCCUCAACAAAGCACUGCAGAGUCUCAUAUAUUGCUGAUAUCUGACUGAAUUUUGCAGUUAAGGAAUUCCUUACAAACUGUCAUGUAAUAUGUAGGGGCAAGUUUACCUUUAUACACUAGGUGCAUGGGAGCAACGACGAGGGGGCUGCCUUGAUUUCCUAUUUGCAUGUUACAUAGUUGUAUCUGGUGGGCCACUCUGUGAAAUGGAACAUUGACUAGGUGGCCUUAGGUCUGAUCCAGCAGGAUUAUUCUCAUGUUCUCACUACCUAUGAUUAUAAUUGAGAUAUUAUUUAAACACUUGACCCGUCAACAUUCCCAUAUAGAUUUCAUUAAUAAAAAGGCCACUCUUAAAAAUGUUAAGCCUAGAUUACAGCAAUCACAUUCUAAAGAAUAGUAAGAACAAUUUCUAACAUAUAUUUUUGGCAGAUGCCCAACCUGUAUUAGAGACACUAGCUUUCAAAGGUAUUUUUGUGAUAUCUCAUGGCAGUCAGCUAUCAAAAGAAAAACAUUCAAAAUAUAAUUGAAGGGGAACAGAGUCAGAGUGCUAUAAAUUAUUAGAUGGCUUUUAGCAUAGUCAAGAGGGCCUCAUCUAUUUAGAGCAAUACUGUGUUCAAAGCAGUAUUCUCAGAUCAAUGCAUUUUAAGACUUAUUUAAAAACAUCUGGAAAAAUAAAACAGGUUAUUAAAGCAAGUCAAAUGUGAAUUCUGUGUAAAUAUGCAUAAGCUGGUGUGGAGGAGGGAUAUAAAUGAAGUCUUUGCAUUUACAUUAUUAUAUUGAAAAUAUUUCUAUUUGAGUUCCAGGCUCGAAGGUUGUCAGAAGGCAGUGAAUGUCCCCAGAUGAAGGGGUGAACAGAAGUCUGAUGGCUUCCUAUGUGCUUAAGAUCUUGUCCAGUAAAUCUUUAUUACUGGACAUUCUUUAAGAAUUAAGGUCCAGACUAAACCUAGGCUGACUUGUAAAUUGGUGUUAGCUUCCUUAUUGCCCCAGAGUCUGAAUUCUAUUAUAGGAAUUUACAAAUAUUUAUAUUUGUUGUAGCAAACCCUAAUAAAUAUUGCUGUCUUUCAGCGCCGUGAAAUGGACACAAGCCGAAGAAAAUUUCACUUAUAAGAACAAACACAGAGAUGCCAUUUCAGUUAUUUUGACAUGCUAACAAGAGAGUCUGGAAUACCCUUAAAGAUAUUCAGGUUCUACAUGGAAACCCCCCAAAUGGCCAUUUCUGUCAAACUGUUCUCUUUAGUGCUGAAAACUCUGAGUUACUGUUUAUAAAUAAUAGAAGACUUCAAGUUAGAGGAAAGAGACAACAUCAGCUGCUAUCUUCUUUUGUUAAGAAGUCAUGGACCCUUCUCAGAAAUAAUGUUUUGUAAUUUACAACUGUUUCACAGCUACUUCUGAAUUAGAGUAUAUCUAGUUAUGCGUCUUAAGGUUUAUGUUGGAUAUGUUAUUUAUCAAAAAUAAACAUUUUACAUGUCAAAGGAUUGCUAUUACCACGUAUUGGUGAGUGUUCAGGGGUAAAUUAUUAAUGCAGAAAAAUAAAAUACAGUUCCAGAUCUAGAAAAUGGCUAGACAAUCUUUGAUUAUAUUGGACUUUCAGUAAGCUAAAUUAAACUUAAGUUACUUUAAAACUAGAUGAGGAACUGAAAUAUUGGGCCAAAUGUCUAUGCAAAGAAUAAAUGGGGAAAUGAAUCUGUGUUUUAUUUUUUAAAAAUGGGAAAAGGAAUUAGCACAAUACCCCAUUUUCUCUGUCCAUCUUAAUGAAACCUGAGAUAAUGGAAGUUCUGUCAUCUAUAAUCACAGGGCUUCCUUAAGGAUUGAGACAAAACCAAAGUUCUCUUGAAUAUAAUCUGACCAAUAUUACUCUGUUUAUCUGUAAUUCUAAUCUACAGAUUAACAAACGUAUUACCUUUGUACGUAUAUACUCCCUUUAGCUCUCAGAUAGGAACGUAAGUUCACAAGCAUUUUAUUCUCUUUCCAACUAACUGCACUUACAUUAGCACUAAUAUAUGUAUUGCAUAUUUAUAUAUUAUAUAAAUUAUAGGUAGUACAAAGCACUUCCCAGUUUGGACAUAAUGGUAAACUCUGUGCUCCCUAUUUUUAACUAAAUAUCUCCCAGAUAUACAAAGGAAAGGAGCUGAGAUAUAAAACUGAACUAUAGCUUAAAAGUCAGCCUGUUCAGAUCAGAAAAUUAAAUAAAUGUUCUCCAUGGAA